AUGGCGCUCUACUAUGACGCCGCCACGGUGUUGGGCACGGAUUUGCAAGUUGGUUCUCUGAAAUCUCGGGUCUACGAUGGAUCCCUGGGGCUUCAAUCAAAACCCGCUCAUCUAUACGCCUUGAUCUCAGAGACGGCCAAAUACGACACCUUCCUAUCAGAAGUGAUCAACAAUGCAGGGAUCCUUGCCCUGGAACCCAAGUUAACUCCCAUCCUAUGCCUCCUUCUUACCCACGACCACCUUUUCUCCAAGGGCGGCAUCGCCGCUUCAUCUACCCACCAUCUCCGUCAAGCCAUAGAGCGACACAAGGCAAGACUUCAAGCGGAACUUACAAAGGCACGUCUGCGGAGGAGAUGUGCGACGGUUGAGGAACUCAAGACACUCCUUUCCUCGCAAAAACCUCCCGCCUUUCGGUCGCAACCUCGUUGGGUUCGCAUCAAUACUUUAAAAUCAAGUCUCGACCAUGAGCUCUCUACAACGUUCAAGGACUAUCGCACAGAUGCUUCCAUUGCCGAAGUCAUCGCAAGCCCAAGCUCGGCCAGGGUACUGACCAUCGAUCCAAAUAUUCCAAAUCUGCUGGCCAUUCCACCCGACACUAAUCUUACCGGAACGCGUGCCUAUGUCGAAGGAUCUAUCAUCCUUCAAGACAAAGCCUCCUGCUUUCCAGCAUACUUGUUAUCGGGUGAGCAUGAUGAUCAGCAAGAUAUGGGGCACUGCAUAGACGGAUGUGCCGCCCCAGGCAACAAGACUUCACACCUCGCCGCCAUAUGCCUUGAAAAUGGCAGACAUGACAUCAAGGUUUUCGCAUGUGAAAGGGACGGAAGGAGGUCGAGAAUUCUACAAGACAUGAUGAAAAAAUCGGGUGCCGAAAGGGUGACGGUGCUAGCGAAGCAGGAUUUUCUCGCCCUCAACCCGAACGACUCCCGGUUUAGCGACGUCACACAUCUCUUGCUUGACCCCAGUUGCUCUGGAAGUGGCAUUGUGGGAAGGGAGGAUAUCCCUUCUCUGACACUACCUACGGCGGGGAAAGUCGAGAAAGCCAAGGUAUCACAACUUGCUUCUCCUACAUCCAAACCUAAGAAACGAAAGCGAGGCAACCUUCAGGAAGACGUGCCCGUCGUUCCGGCAGAAACAAAAGACGCUGCGCCUGUGGAGGAAGUCCGCGACACAUCUCAUGACCCUGUCAGAUUGCAGAAGCUAUCUUCCCUACAGACCAGGAUUGUUGAACACGCAUUGUCCUUCCCAGCCGCCGUGCGAGUCACUUAUUCGACAUGCUCUAUCCACAUCGAGGAAAAUGAGCUCGUGGUGGCGAGAAUACUUUCUUCAGCGAAUGCAAAGGGAUGGCGUCUGUUAAGAAGAGAGGAGCAGGUCGAAGGACUAAGAUCAUGGAAACACAGAGGGGUGGAGCUGACGACGCAAGUUGCAAUUGAAGGUCCCAAGUCUUUAGAGAUGUUAUCAAGGCUCAGCGAGGCUGAUCGAAAAGCCUGCAUACGAUGUCAUCCAGAAGGUGAAGAAGGUACCAUGGGUUUCUUCGUCUGUUGCUUCGUUCGUGAAGAAGAGGUGGCUCCCACCAUGAAUGCUCCGGAUCCUGAGUCUGCUUCAAUCUCAAUUCAUGAUGAGGAUAGCUGGGAAGGCUUUGAUGAGUAGUAGAGCGCGACUUGACUAUGAAAAAUUUGAUGCAAUCCUCGGC